AGAAGAUGAUAAGCGGGCUGUACAUGGGGGAGCUGGUGCGUCUCAUCUUGGUGAAGAUGGCCAGAAAGCAGCUGCUGUUCCAGGGACAGACCACGCCACAGCUUCUUACCUCUGGAUGCUUCAGCACCAACUACAUCUACGCCAUUGAGAGCGACAAAGAUGAAGAAGGCCUGGCUAGCGCCGAGAAGGCGCUCCGCAGCCUGGGCCUGGACCCGUCUGCUGAAGACUGCGUCGCCACUCGGAGGAUUUGCCAGGUCGUUUCAACCCGGGCUGCACACCUGUGCGCCUCUACCCUGGCGGCGGUGAUGCGACAGAUCCGGGACAACAAAGCGGCCGAAAAGCUGCGCAUCACCAUCGGAGUGGACGGCUCAGUCUACAAGGGUCAUCCAGAAUUUUCCAGGAAGCUCAACAAAAUGGUGCGGCGCCUCGUGCCAGACUGCGACGUGCGCUUCCUGCAGUCGCAGCACGGCAGCGGGAAAGGCGCGGCCAUGGUGACGGCGGUGGCCUACCGACUCGCCACCCAGCACGCCGAGCGGCAGCGCGUCCUCGACACCCUGCGGCUGAGCCGCGAGCAGCUGCUGGAGGUGAAGCGGAGGCUGACGGAGGAGAUGGCACGGGGUCUGUCCAAGCAGACGCACGACCAGACCAGCGUCAAGAUGCUGCCGACGUACGUCAGGUCCACCCCGGACGGAACAGAACAAGGAGAUUUCUUGGCUUUGGAUCUUGGCGGGUCCAGUUUCCGUGUUCUUCUCGUUCGGCUGAAAAAUGAGAAGAAGCAGAAAGUGGAUAUGCACCAGAAGAUCUACAGUAUCGAUCAGGACACGCUGCAGGGCACGGGGGAGGAGCUCUUCAACUACAUUGUGUACUGCAUUGCUGACUUCCUGGACUACAGGGGGAUGAGUGGAGCGUCCUUACCUCUGGGGUUCACGUUCUCUUUCCCAUGUGAUCAAACCAAGCUGAAUGAGGGAAUCCUUCUGAAGUGGACGAAGGGCUUCAAAGCCAGCGGCUGUGAGGGGAAAGACGUCGUGAAGCUGCUGAAGGAGGCGGUCCAGCGCAAGCAGAAAUUCGACCUAAGCUUUGUGGCGGUGGUGAACGACACAGUGGGCACCAUGAUGACCUGUGCCUAUCAGGACCCCAAAUGUGAGCUGGGCCUUAUUGUAGGCACAGGGACCAACGCCUGCUACAUGGAGGAAAUGCACAACAUCGAAACGGUGGAGGGAAAUGAAGGCCGCAUGUGUGUCAACGUGGAGUGGGGAGCAUUCGGCGAAAACGGUGAACUGGACGACUUUUGCACAGAGUUUGAUUAUGCUGUCGACGAAGCCUCCAACUACCCUGGGAAGCAGAGAUAUGAGAAGAUGAUCAGUGGGAUGUACCUGGGAGAGAUAGUGAGGCAUGUGCUGAUGGAUUUCACCACCAAGGGUCUGCUGUUCAGGGGCAAACUGUCGGAGCGCCUGAAGACCAGGGGCAUCUUUGAGACCAAGUUCCUGUCACAGAUUGAAAGCGACCGGCUGGCCAUGCGUCAGGUCCGCUCCAUCCUGCAGCACCUCGGCCUCACCGGCUCCACGUGCGACGACAGCGUCCUGGUGAAGGAGGUGUGCAGCGUCGUGGGUCGCCGCGCGGCGCAGCUCUGUGGCGCCGGUUUGGCCGCUCUCGUUGACAAGAUCCGGCAGAACCGCAACCUGAACCAAAUGUCCAUCACUGUGGGAGUGGACGGUACCCUUUAUAAGACCCAUCCUCAUUUCUCGAGGAUCAUGCAGGAGACCCUGCAGGACCUGGCCCCGCAGUGCGAGGUGACGUUCCUCAAGUCGGAGGACGGCAGCGGGAAAGGAGCGGCGCUCAUCACGGCCGUGGCCUGCAGGUUGAAGAGCGAGCAGUCGCUGUGAAACCUGCAAAAACUUCUCCCUGUGGGUCAACACGCGCACUGUGUUCAGUCGGUUGUCAUUCUUUUUUCGACGUGAGCGCGUUCACACGAGAGUGUCCGCUUAACGGCGCGAGGCGAAGCUGUGACGGAGGUUCGGUCGGGCGCGAACUGAGCUCAGAAAUCACAGAUCUGCUGGUAACGAACCUGCACCUUCAGUGAGACCCGACUGUUACGAGCUCGUUGCUUUUCGUUUUUACACUCCGUCGUUGUCUUUUACUUUUAUAUUAGUUCUGUUUUUAAGUCAAGUCUGUGAAAAGUAAAACUUUUUAGCACAUUUACUGUCUGGCAAGUUUAGAAAAGCACAUUCCUGAACCAAAGAGAAGCAAACCAGUACAUUCAGCAGGUAAAUGAAGCAAUAGUUUCUUUCCUUUUUUUACAUUUUAUUUAAGUUUUAAAGCAAUUUUACUUUGUUACAGGAAACUUCAGAAAAUAUGCAAUAUUGUGAUGAAAUGUUUUUAAAAUUUAAACACUAGUCCACGCAUCAGAAACAUAAAGAUGUUUUAGAAAUUGCAGAGGCACCGUAUAACUGGAGGUAUAAAUAAUUCAAACUGUGCAGUUCUGAUUGCAGCAAGCUUAUUAUGAUGUGCUGUGAAAAAUAUCAACUCCAAAUAAAGUGAGAAAUCACCAGGGUCUAUUUUUUUUAUUAUUAUUUAUCAAUAAAACCAAGAUUACUCCAACUUGGACUCAUUUUAUUACUGGGGUGUUGAGAAUAAAGAGGACAAUCUGCACCUCCAUAAUUGGACCAAUCAGUUUAAUUUGUAGUUUUUCUCCUCACAAAGCAUAUUUUCAUUGGCUUUUUUUUUUUUUUUUUACAAAAUCAUUACCUUACAAUUGAAAACUACCCUGAAUACACAUAAUCAGACAGCUCUGAAAAUACUGUAACAUGUGAUCUUCAUUUUCACAGUUUUUCAUCCAACCAAACCCAAUAAAUCUUACUUGGCUAUGUUG